GAUGUGCCCGCCCCUUCCGGGGUGACGAAAGCGUCGUAGGAGGAGGAGAUUGGGAAUCAUGGCCAGGCGAAUUCUAUAUCCCCUGUACCAGUAUGGAAAUCCUCAAACAAGGGUUUUCCGGACAGAUUACUUCUUGACAAUGGUGAGGCCUGGUGUUCCACAGCCAGAAGACACUGUGCAAUUCCGCAUCCCCAUGGAAAUGACAAGAGUGGAAUUGAAGGAUUACCUUGAAAGUAUAUAUAAAGUGCCUGUGGCUGCUAUAAGAACCAGGAUACAGCAUGGUUCAAUGAAGCAGAGGGAUCACAAAAACCGACGAAUCAAGAAGCCUGAUUACAAAGUUGCUUAUGUACAGCUGGCUGCGGGACAGACCUUUCAAUUUCCAGACUUGUUUCCAGAAAAAGAAGAAGUCAUUGAGCCUGGCUCUUUUGAAGAUACCCAGAAGAAAUUUAUGGAAGAUGAGAGGCAGAGGCAGAAAGGCGACCCCAGGCAAGCAGACGUUCCUACCUGGUUUGGACUUUGAUGGAAGCAGUUUGGAGGGACUCAGACCGUUGCACCCAGUAGGGGUUCUCAUCUUGUACUGUCAUUAUGUGGAUGUCCUCCCCACUUCUAUAAAGCCUUUUGAAAAUACACUGCUCAUACUCCUUUUGUGCAGCAGGAUCACUUCAGCUCUUUCCAUUUCGGUUCAUGAUGUUUCUUUAUGUGGAUGGAAAUGCUAACUGCUCUAUCCACCUCGAAGGCCUUUUCCAUUUAGAUUGUUGCUCUCCCCUUUUCCUGGUCCGAAUAGUUUAUGUCAACUCUGUUUACUGGCGUAUAGAAAGGCUGAGGCAGCCAAUACUGUAACCAUGAGGGCCAUAUGCAAGAUUUGGGGUGAUCUUUGCUAUCUCUGAAAUUGCAGACAGCCUCAUACUUUAGGCACCUCACACUGUUUCAGGGAUGACCCUGUUGGGUGUGUGGGAUUGAUGUGGGCACCAUUAAUUAGACACUGGCAUGAUGGCAUAUUUGGGAGUGGAGGUGUCGCACAAUGUCUUCCUGCAGCCUGAAAGAUCAUUCUGAAUUUUCAAAACAUGUAUACACAAACUGAGCCCCUGACCCAAUAAAAACAACUGCCUUGGCCACUUAGUUAUUGUGUGUGUCGUCAGUGUGUUGGCUUUGUCUAUCAGGAUUCUCAUGUCAUUGCAUAAGGCUGCACUUCUCUCCCCGACUUGAAUCAGUUACAGUGACUUGGGAAAAGGUUGCCAUUUGCCUCGACUCUUGUUUAAAGAAUUCUUUGCGCUU